GCUGAGUGAUAGCAGAGUGAGGAAGCUGCUCAACGGACCGCCAAGAAACAGAGGGAGGAGGAGGAGGAAGAGAGAGAGUAUUUCCACAGGAGGUGAGCGCCGGCUUCAGAGGAGGUGGGGGGGGGGCUUCCAGACUGGAUGGGCCCAGCGAUGCCUUGAUGGAGUAUGGGCCAGGUUUUAGGAUUCUCCCACUGCCAGGAAUAUGGCUCUGUGGCUUCCACUCCAGACUCAACACCUCCCUGCACCGAUGGCGGAAAUGAUGAGUCUGAGUUGUGCGAGCUGCAGACAGCCAGGGAGUGGUCUGACGAUGAGGAGGGGGAAGAUGAUGACGAGGGUCUGCUUUCAUCCUCGUCCAUCUGGGGCACGCCGCGGCAGAACUCCUCCGAGCUGACUUUCUCUUACAUCGCCAUCGCCGAGGCCGAAGCCGUGGGAGCCUCGCGACACUUCCGACGCCGGUGCGCCUCUCGGGGGAGUCGCACUCCUUUGAUCCGCACGGACACCCUGGAAACACUGUUGGACUCCCCAGAUGUGGACUGGGACCCUCAAGGUUUCCUCGGGCGAGAGGAAGAAGAGGAGGCCUCAGAGAGGAGAGAGCAGGAGAGGGUGGAGACGAGUGCAGCUGCGAGGAGGGAGCAGCACAGACUAACUGAGACCAUUACAGUCCAGCCCAUUCCCCAAAGUCUGGAGCCAGAAACUCAGGGGAGAGACGCAGGAAUUCAAAGAGGAGAGUCUCCCAGCAGUCAGAUUCAGAUGGAACAAAGUCCCUCCCUCCUUCAGGCCGCAGCCUCACAGACCCCCGAGUCAGAGUCACCCGUCACCAGGGAAACCAUUUCAGUCAAGCUGCUCACAUCAAUGCAACCCAGAGGCCCGGCAUCUUCGACGCCAGCUGCCAUUGGUCAAAACUCUCAGGAACAGCUGGUCAGCGAUCACUGGUUUUCAGCUCUUAACCUAUCAGAGGACUUUACCUAUCAGAACACUAUCAUAGCAGUGAUGGACGUGAUCUACUGGAAGGACACGGAGCGGACAGGCAUGAUCCUGACAGGGAUAGUGGUCGGCCUGCUGUCCUUGUUCCAGCUCAGCGUCAUCUCUGUGCUCUCCACUGUCUCACUGGCUGUCAUGUGCUUCACCAUCUCAGUGCGCAUCUACUACCAAGUCCUCUACAUCCUCAACUGGGGAGAUGGAGUGCAUCCCUUCAAGUCAUAUUUGGGCAUGGACAUCAGCCUCAGUGGAGAGGAGGCCGACCUCUACAUGCAGAAAGCCAUCGCGUUGGCUAUGUCUGCUGUUGAAUCUCUGAAGGGACUCCUUUUUGUUAAAAACCUCUUGGAGUCCAUCAAGUUGCUGGUUCUGGUGUACCUUGUGACAUACCUGGGAGAGCUGUCCAAUGGCCUUACUCUGCUCAUCAUCAGUGUAAUCGCUGUCUUUUCUUUGCCACUUUUCUACAGACAACGCCAGGAGCAGGUGGACAACGUCGUUGCACAAAUCCAGGGCAAAAUUGACAACUUUAAGGACACUCUUUGUAGAAUUGCCCAGGGUGGUGGCCCUCCUCCUGACUCAACUCCUGGUGGCGCCAAACCCAAAUCCCAGUAAACACUGAUGGACAAGAACUUAAGGAAAAGCUCCCAGAGAUACAGGAUGUCACUCAGAUGUCUUACCCCACAGUCUGUGCUCAGAGCUCCAGAGAUCGGAGCUCCAGAGACUGGGGAGGGGAGGCUACUUAAACGGACAAUGAUGAGGAUCACGCAUGGUACUUUAUACUCUAGCUGUAUCUAAUUUAUGGGGUUGGAGGUUGGGGUCGGGGUUUAAACGUAAUCAAGGUGUAUGAAUCUUGAAUGGGACUCUUGCUGGUGACGUCGGAGAUGAAAAGAUUCAAUGACACAGCUUGAUGUAUGUGACCAUCGUUGGAAAUAUUCACUGUUUUUAACAUGUUCAAAAUGACUCAAGAAGUGUCUUAGAUGGUUGAGAGCUGUAGUCCAACUGAGGUACAAUGACCACGAAUGGAAAGUUCCCACAUCAACAGCUACUAACCUAAGAAAAAGGGAAGUUGGUUGAUAAGGUGAAAAACAGGGGUCAUCAUUAUUCAUGGCAGCAUUAAACUGGCAAUUAAAGAUGCAUGUGUCAGCACAUGAACUUUUUCUGAAUGCAUAAUCAUUUUCAUGACUGUUACUCUAUGUUAAUGCGAAUGUGUGUGUGAGAGAGUGUGAGUGUGUGUGUGUGUGUGUGUGUGUGUGUGUGUGUGUGUGUGUGUGUGUGUGUGUGUGUAAUUCCUGACCUACAGCUUAGUGAAAUGAAAAUGCUACCUACACGCAAUUAAAGUCACAUUUCUUCUUUAUUUUUCAAUACUUUCUGUUUCUUUUCACCCACAUAGGCAUUUACUUUAUUCACAUCAUUCAUUUGAGUUAUAUUUUUUUCAGCUCACACCACUGAACAUUUGUAACACAAUAUUUAGAGAAAUAGAAUCUUCUGCUACAAGUUUAAUAAUUAAGAUGUAUCAUAAAUGGAAGGAAAUGGCCUGACAGGACUUCAUUUUAGGAUCACAUGAUACAAAAUGCAAGUAUUUCAGAUAGAUAUCUUCUCUGAACUCAUAAUGUCAUUAUUUGAAGCCUUUUGAAGUAAUGUGGGAGUGAAAUACAGCAGGUGCCUUGUAACAGUAACUGCAGGUUAGUGCAUGAUCUGAUUCAAAGUACUUCAAACUUCUGACAACCGCUUACAGCGACUCCGCCUCCCACAACAAACCACUUCACCUGACCAUUGCCUUCCGGAGAAUGGUGUUUUGUACAUGUACUGUACAAUACUUGUGUAAUGUGCACCAUGACAAGGUAUCUUAUACAUAAUUGUAAGUAGAUCCGUUUUAGGAAUAAUAAAAUUAUUCAGGAUA